AGUUACGUCAACGACCGAUACUAGUCUGAUAACACAUUUUAGCUUUGCGGUUAUGUCUUAUAAUUUAGGUUAAAGGUAGAUUGCUGUUGUUGUUUUUUUAAAUCUAAGAAUAAGUAUCCAAUUGUUAUUUCGGUUCCUUAAAUUUCGUGGAUUUGUAUUUGAAAAGGCAUGAUGUUGGCUUCUUGUGUUUCACUGACAUUCCUGAUGGUUUUGGUCACAGCGGUUUCCACACUGGUUCCACCUCCAGAAAAUGUGACAGUAAGCUGCACCAACUUUCAGACAACUGUUUAUUGGAACUACAGUGAACUGCUUAAUCAAACUCUCUCCAAAUUGAUACUACAUGGGGAUCUCAAUGAUCAUAGUUUUCUGCUGGAUUCCACUAAACCGCAUCAUUAUGACCUCCCCCCCUUCAUAUGGAAUGCUAAAGAAUUGGAUCGCUACUUUGUGACUAUAACGGCCAGUGAUGGAACGGUGGAAUCGGCAUCUCUGGAGUCCUCGAUAUUCACAUUUAGUAGAGACCUUACAGCUGACAUCACGUGCAAGUUGGAUUUCCCUGCUGUAAAAGUGUCAAUGAAGGAUAUGGAGGUCACAGUUAGCUUCGACAACCCUUACCACCUGUACACAGAACUGAAAGAGUCUCGCAUACGUGUAGAUGACAAAAGCUUACUUUACCAUGUAACCUAUGAAAAUACUGAUGGCCCUUUUGAGUGUCAGAUAAAAGACAAAGUCUGCCGUCAUCACUUCACAGUCCUGGAGAAGAAGGAGCAGUACUGUGUUAGUCUGGAGGGGUAUGCAAAGAGCCACACAGUUAUGUUCAGCAGAAUAGGACCCAUCUGUGGCUAUGAACACAAAACAAUUUCACUGGAAUCAUCUUUGCUCAUGAUUUUGUCAUUGAUCAUCAUUGGCAUUGUGGCCUUUGUAGUCUUUGUGAUAAUAAGGCUCUGCAAGAGAAGCAUACGGAAAAGAAACUUGUCCAAUUUUCGAAGGACUUUGGCUUCAAACCUAUCAAACACACAUGACAAGAAUAUAAUGGACCUGCAAUGCGAGAUCAUAGCGCACAUCAGUGGCAUAGAACCAGCUACCACCACAUCCCAGAGCACGUUGGAAACUUCAGAAGAGGAAGAGGAAGCAACCACUAGCGUUGGAUUUUCGGCUUACCUUCAACACUCCAUUAGUUGUAGGCAGGUGGGAGAGGGCUUAUUGGACAGCAGAAGCCAAUUACGGUCUGAGCUUCUGGAGGUGACACAGCUAUGCUCUGUGCUGCUGUGUGGAGAUGACUCAAAGGAAUCAGACUCGAGGACAUUGGAGGUGGAGGACAUGGAUUUCACAGCCUCUGGCUAUGACAGACAACACGUCCCUCUACUGGAGGUGGAGAUGAGUGCAGGAGAUGUAGUGGUGGGCUAUGGCCCCACCUGAGCACCUCUGAACUCAGGCCUCUGUAAAUCACACCUUUUACUGGAUAGAUGAAAGACAAUGACUUCACAGAACUGGUUUACCGAGGUACACUGAUACACUGUCAUGCCUCACUGAUUUUCAAUCAUGUCUUCAGUGGUGUAGCUCUUCAUUCAAAGACUCAAUCAUGGACACGCUUACUGACAGUUGUGGCUGCUUCGCGUGAUGCAUUGUUGUCUCUACCUGCUUGCCCUUUGUGCUGUUGUCUGUGCCCAAUAAUGUUUGU